AUGUGUAUCGUCUUCACUUGCGGCGAGCACACUUUCCGCAAGGAAGUCGAAGGCUACCACGGCCUGGUGUGCCGGUGCCACAACUGUGGUAACUACUCGGCCUCAGUCGUCAAGUCAAACCCCUGGUUCACAUUCUGCUUCAUUGCUACGAAGACGUAUCAUGCCGUGUCUGCCACUUUGAGCAACCGCUCACGAAUCGACCCGACGUCCAAAAUCUCCGCGGCCAAGGUGGACAGGGAGUACCAAUGCAGCCACAACAACAUGGCGGGCCACCGCAAGGAUGGCAUGGGCAGCAGGGCGGAUAUCCUCAAGGGGGACCGAAACAGAAUGAGCCUAUGA